AGCAAAAGAAUAACAUUUUUAUGCUGUGCAAAUGCGUCGGGAUCUCAUAAAAUAAAACUUUUAGUAAUAGGAAAAUCGAAAAAUCCUCGCAGUUUUAAAAAUUUUAUCUGUCCCGUAAACUACAGAAAUUCAAAGUCUGCUUGGAUGACUUCUUCCAUUUUUAAAGAAUGGUUCCACAAGUAAGUAAACAUGUAAAAAUAGUUCAAUUGGGAUUCUUACUGUUUUAUUUUUCAUUAAGGUGACAGAUUUUUUAAUGAAGAAACGAUUACCAGUAAAAGCUUUACUCCUAAUAGAUAAUUCCCCAUCCCAUCCACCAGAAUCCGACCUUAAAUCCGAGGAUGGUUCCAAAGAAGCUAUGUUCAUGCCUUCAAAUGUAACGGCUCUGAUCCAGCCAAUGGAUCAAAAUGCAAUUAGAAUCACCAAACUUCAUUAUAGGAACAGUCUUCUGGCAACAAUUAUUGCAAAAGAGGGGGAUUUGCUUGAAUCGAUGAAAAAAAUCACACUUAAAGAAGUAGUUUCUAUUCUAGAGGCAUCCUGGAACAGAGUUGGUAAAGAAACUUUGUCUAACUGUUGGAAAAAUAUUUUGAAUAUGGUAAAUGAUGAAGACGAUCCUGAAUUUAAUGUUCCUUUGAGCGUUUUAGAAGAAAAGUGGCAAUCAGAGGUUAGAUCUCUAGAAAAUAAUGCUGCAGAUCUUCUACAGACAUUGUGCCCUCAGGAAGUAUUUACUGCUGCUGUAAACAUUAGAGAUUGGAUCAAUAAUCCUUGUGAGGACGUCACGCCAUUUGAUGAAAAUUAUUUAAUUGAAGAGUCCGACGACGAUGACGACUGUUUUAUUGAAGCGCCUGACAACAUUAAAGCCAAAGAUGCUGUCGAAAUUUUUAACAAAGCUGUCUAAUAGGCUGAAUUUCAAACGGUCGAUCAAACUGACAUUAAAGUAUUGAAAAAAAUCAGGGAAUUGGCGGUA